GGCUCCCGUUUGCAAUCUCUACUGCAGUGCAGGCGCAGAGACCAUCUUCUGCAACGAUUCGAAAAUCCGUAGACGAGGUGUGAAUCCACAAUCGGCCACCACCUCUGCUAUUUGAUACCAACAAUGGAUGUAAUUAUGAGGCACAAAGUCAUAACGAGCGCCAUAUUAAAAACGAAUUACGCCGCGGGGUUGAAAAAGUCUCGGUUUGCAUGUCUGGGCAAUAUAUAUUUAUUUCCAACUUUCGCGUGAUUCGAUCGAUACAAUCACUGAAUAAAAAUUCAUCAUUCCUCGAACCCUUGGGCCUUCCAGUUGAGCCUCUGUCCAUUCAGGUGGCCAGCAAUUCUCUGAAAGUGGCUAAGCGACCUUGAGGAGAAUUUCUUGGCUCAGGGAAUCCCCGCGACAAUUCAAUAAUAUUCGUUUCCUGGAGGGGCGUCCGCGCUCACCUCACCUCGCCCAUACGGUUCCUCCAGAAUCCCGGGAAAGUUCAGGAAGUAGAAAACGCCCUCCAGCCAUCGCCGGCAGCUCUACCCCUACCUCCACCAUGCUCAACGCCAAGCCGUCCGGUCUUCGAGAGCGCCGAGAGCCUUGCCGUUUCACGGACUUCCUCCCUCGGGGACUCCAGGCGAUGGCCAUGCGUCGGCGGUCUGGCGAUGAACUGCAAGGCUCGCUUCGUCCGUCCGCCGCUAAGAGCGCGGCUGAGGCGAUUCUUGGCCAAUCGGAGCGGGAGUUCGUACAGAGUGGGAGCUCGAACCCAGCCAACUCGUCAGUUUAGUUACCGCACCACAAGGCAUUGCGUUGUAGACACAGUUACCCGCAAUAUUAUUAUCUUACUUAUCUUAAUUCAUUAAAUAUUCGUUCUUAUAAUUAUACAUUUUGUAUAUAAAAUAUUUAUUCCAAUUGUCGCUAAUUCAGUUACAUCAUCAUUACAAUUAUAAUUACUGUGUGUAGACAUAUUUUCAUUACAUACAUUGGUUCAAAAAAAAAAAAAAUUCUCUCUCUUUUUCGAUUUUCUUUUCAAAUCUGUAAUAUCUUUUUCGCGAACAAUUGCCCGAAGAAGUUUAAAAAAAUUACACCACAGAAUUUGAAUCGCGGAUAUUUUUCACUCCGUUCAUAUUCCGCGUCGAAUUAAUUUUAUCUAUCUUUCAUUGCCAUUUCCUUUAGAUAAGAAAUAAUAUAUAUCCAUACAAUACACCGGGCUUUUAGCAAAUAUACGCACGAUAGUGCCGCAAUAAUACACGCACGUGUUAACGCGUGAAUUGCCGGCUGCACGCGUUGAGAAAUAUUUUCAACCGUAAUAAGAUUUUAUCCUGGCUUUUAGAUACCAUCAGUUAUUUGAUAUUAGAAUAGUUUGGAUAGCUGAGAAUUAGAAUAUCGGCGGGAAAUAUUUUGAAAAAUCAAAGUGGGUUACUUUGAUCCUUGUUCGAAGCCGGGAUCCGGGCAAAUCGUAGCAAAACUGUUUAAUUGAUUAAACCUUUACUCGCGGGUAACAUUAUACAAUUUACAAACCUUGUUCGUGUUAUUCAAAUUACGCGCCAAUUUAGAUAAAUUGUUAACUUUUUGUUAAUACUAUCAAAUUAAAUACGACCAGUCAUUUUAUCGCCGUAACAAACCACUGUAACACGAUUUACUACCUACUCUGUUACAACUAUUAAAAAAAAAGCAAUUAAACCUACGUUCUGUUCUACUACGCUAAACAUCAUUCUUCAACCACUGAUUUUCAACUUUAACUACUGAUUUGCGCUACCUAGAUAGCAAGCAGCUGAAACAAACUUUGAAAACAAGAGGGAAAAAAAAAAACAGAACGAAGAAGUAAAAGCAAAAAACAAAAAAGCAACGGAUUGCAAUGAUGGCGAACGGAAUGGAUACAGUGGUGCAACAGAAUGGCAAUUCGGCGCUGGGUCAGACGUCGCAGGAGGAAUCGAAGACGAACUUGAUCGUCAAUUACCUGCCACAGACGAUGACGCAGGAGGAAAUUCGCUCCUUGUUCUCGAGCAUCGGUGAAGUCGAGAGCUGCAAGCUCAUCAGAGAUAAACUUACCGAUGUUUGUAUGGUUGCAGGCCAGAGUUUGGGCUAUGGCUUUGUAAACUAUCAUCGGCCCGAGGAUGCGGAGAAAGCCAUCAAUACCCUCAACGGUCUCCGUUUGCAGAACAAAACUAUCAAGGUUUCGUACGCGCGGCCGAGUAGCGAGGCGAUCAAAGGUGCGAAUCUGUACGUAAGCGGAUUGCCAAAAAAUAUGGCUCAGCAGGAUCUCGAGAAUCUCUUCAGUCCUUACGGUCGGAUUAUAACCUCGCGUAUACUAUGCGACAACAUGAGCGGCCUGUCAAAAGGUGUCGGGUUCAUCCGUUUCGAUCAACGGGUUGAGGCUGAGCGGGCGAUCCAAGAAUUAAAUGGAACUAUUCCGAAAGGCUCGACCGAACCUAUCACCGUGAAGUUUGCCAACAACCCGAGCAACAACAACAAGGCAAUACCGCCCCUAGCCGCCUAUUUGACACCCCAGGCAACCCGUCGUUUUGGUGGCCCGAUUCACCAUCCAACUGGCCGCUUCAGGUACAUUCCACUGUCGCCACUAUCCAGCACUGGCAAGACCAUGCUUGCCAUUAACAAAGGCUUACAGAGUAGGUACAGCCCGCUGGCGGGUGACCUUUUGGCGAACUCGAUGCUGCCCGGAAACGCGAUGAACGGUUCGGGGUGGUGCAUUUUCGUCUACAACCUGGCACCGGAGACGGAAGAGAACGUCUUGUGGCAGCUAUUCGGUCCAUUCGGUGCCGUCCAAUCAGUAAAGGUCAUAAGGGACCUGCAAACAAAUAAAUGCAAGGGUUUCGGAUUCGUAACGAUGACAAAUUACGAGGAGGCAGUAGUUGCUAUUCAAAGUCUGAACGGAUAUACGCUUGGCAAUCGUGUUCUUCAAGUCAGUUUUAAAACGAACAAGAGCAAAGCUGCGUAGGAUGAAGGAAGCGAGCUUGCCUAUCGUCAUAUCGUAUUGCCGCUAAAACGGCGACCACAGCCCCACCACCACCACCACCACCACCACCACCACCAACGCUACAAAAUUAAUAAUAAUAACAACAAUAACAAUAACAAAAAUAACAAUAAAUACACGAAUGAUUUGGGCAGCUGUAUUAACAUCGUUAGGAACAAAAACGACAAAAAGAACAAGAAAAAGCACAAUAACGGUCACGAUUACCGGUAUAAAAAUAUUUAUACAAUAAAUGAAGGCUUACCUGUUGCACCUCUACGUCGUUACCCUCCUGCGGAUUUAAACGUCGCAAAUUUCGUCGACGUUGUCGAGUCCGGCGUUGAAAUUUUUACGGAAAUGGAAUUAUUAGCUAUAUAAACUUUACUAUAUACACGAUAAAAAUCCUACUCUCUGUAUAUCGUUAACCCCCCCCCCCCCCCCCCACUUUCGCAAAAUUGCCGUAUUGACAUGUUAUAAAUAUGUGUGGUUCGUUGUAUUUAAUUUUCUACACCACGUUUUGUUUCGUUUCUCUUUAAUUUUCUUGCUGAUUUUUUUUUUUUUUUUUUUUUUUCCAUUCUUGUUAUUCUUCCAUCACGCUUUCCUUAAAUUAGACUCGGUUUUUUUUUUUUCACCGGAUUUCUUUACACAUCAACGAACGACAAACGAUCACGGUUGUGUUGUGAUGAUUGAUUAUUAUUACCAUUGUCAUUACCGAUACUGUCGUUGUUAUUCUUCUUGUCGUUGACAUUACGUUUGACAGUGUUUCUUCUAGUCUCUUUUGCAAAAAGAGACGAAAUGAAAAUCGAAAAAAAAAAAAAAAAAAACAAACGUAAUACAUGACAAACAAAUCGAGCCUAGCUGUGGAAUAUUCAUUUUCCAUAUACCUACCACGUAUUUUAACGAAAAAUAUUAUAAGGAUGAAUGACAAUGAGAAAAAAAAAAACAAAAAAAAAACAAAACAAAACAAAUAAAAAAUUUGAAAAAAUUUUUUAAAUCGGUGCUGCAGUCGUUCUUCGUUUACGAAGGAGCGAUGCUUAAGAGAGAAAAAAAAACGCAUACAAAAAUUGUAAAAAAAAAAAAAAAAAAAAAAAGAAAUCAAGAAAAAAAAAGACAAACGAACAAACGGGAUGGUUGAAAAAUUAUUAAAUAAGAAACCUGAUUGUUGGCAAGGUAGAUACUUAACUACGAAAGGAGUAUAUAUAUAUAUAUAUAUAUAUAUAUAUAUACAUAUAUAUAUAUACAUAUAGCCAGGAAGUAAAUUAUUCUUAUUAUUAUUAUUAUUACGAUGUAACGGAUGAAAUACGCUUUUCCCUCCCCCUCGAAACAAAAAGCAGAAUCUUGCAUUUUUCUUCCCUUUUUCUUUUCGCAUCUGCAAUCGAUAUUGAAAAACGGUGAAAUUUGUUACAAUCUUUUCGUCGCCGAUUGUCGAAUGUUUAAUAUUUAUGAGACGACGCAUCGAAUGCAUUAAAAAAAGAAAAAAAAGAAAGAAAAAAAAAGAAUUGCAGGUAAAUGAGAAAUGUAUACACGUGACGGAGAGUCGAUGGCAGUUUCACGAAUUUCGCCAUGGCGGAAAGUUACCGUGGAUUUUUUUUUUAUUUUUUUUUUUUUUUUUGUGUUACAACGACUGGCAAAGGGAAAAUAAUGAGAGAAAUAAAGGCAGACUAACAUGCUGUUAAAAUUGAACGAAAGUGUAGGAGAAAAAAGUAUCCUAUUUCCAUUACAUCCGUAUGUCUUUGGCUGUGUUGGUUUGGAUAUGUGAUUUUUUUUUUUUUUUUUUUUUCUUCAACGUUUUUCUCACAACGUUUCCUCCCCCCCCCUAUCCCUCUCUUAUUUGUAGCACACUCAAGAAACUGUGAUAACUUUCGACGAUAUAGCGAAUCGGUGAUUUUGAAAAUGUCCGCAGGGAUGUGAAAAAAGAGUCGCGAAACGGAAGAUCAAAAAAAAAAAAAAAAAAGAAAAAGAAAGAAGGAAAAAGGGAAGAAAAAUACUUGACUGGGAAUCGACAAUAGGAUGAAAAGGAACGAAAAAAAAAAAACAGAGAGACACGAUGGACCGUGAGCGGGGUAACGGGUGCCAGGUUUUUUUUUUUGGUUUGUUUGUUUUUCACAACUAAAAGCCAUUUUACAGCAUGUUGUUAUUAUUGUUGUCAUUACAAUGACAGACCGAUAUUACCCGAAAUAACGAUAAAACGUACGAUAUGAUAAUAUUUAAUAAUAAUAAUGAAAGAAGAAAUAGAUAACAUUGUGUAUAACAAGUAUAUUAUACGUAUGUAAAAAAUGAAAUUACGGUGGGGCAGGGCUCGCACGGAAGUUUUCUUUUUUUCUUUUUUUCCUUUUUUUUUCUUUUUCUUUUACCCCCGUAUUCUUCUCCCGUCGUAACAACGACGAGAAGAAGAAGAAGAGGAGGAAGAAAAAGGAAAAAAAAAAAAAAAUAGAAAAAGAAAAGAAAAACAAAGCGGAAAUACCGAGCAGAGAAAAUAAAAGAAAUAUAAGUUGAAAAGAAAAAAAAAACGAAAAGAUGAAAUGACGAAUUAUCUACCGACCGACCUUAUACGCGGCGUUUUUGUAGAUGCAAAGAAUGACGAGUGAGAUAUAUAUUUAUAUAAUAUAAUGAUAAAUAAAAUUACGAUAUAAUAGUUUAAUUCAAAUAUUAUUAUAAUGAAUAUGUGAGUGUAGGUUUGUUUGUCGUCGAUGCGCGGUGACGGGCAAAGAUGGAGAAAAACAAAAACAAAAAAAAAAAAAACAAACAAAACAAACAAAACAAACAAACAAACAAAAAAGAACAAAACCGUGGAAAGAAAUUUGUAAAACUCAAUUUAAAGAAUUUUCUCGUGUAAUAACCGAUUGAUAAUAAGUAUUAUUAUCAAUUAUCAUUAGUUGUCAUUAUUAUUAUUAUUAUUAUUAUUAGUUUAACUAUUAUUAUUGUAAUUAUCGUAAUGUAGCGGGCACACGUACUGUAAUUAGACGCUGAUCAGUUUAAAUAAUACGACUGUAACGAAAGAGGGAGAUAAAGAGAGAGAGAGAGAGAGAGAGAGGGAGAUGGAAAAAGAAAAAUGAAUGGAUAAUUUUGAAAAGAAAAAAAAACAAAGAAAGAAAGAAAAGAAUCGGUACAGGGAAGGGGAUUGGAAAAAAAUUGACGGAUGAGAAUUGCGAAUAAUGGGUUGAGCGAACGAAAAAUUUAGAUUUAGAAAAAAAAAAAAAAGAAAAGAAAGAAAAAAAACUAGUCAAAA